UUUGGUUGAGUGUGUGGGACAGGCAUGCCUAGUUUUCUGCAUCACCCAAAGCCUGAAAAGCUCAAAAGCUUAUCUUUUUAAAUAAAAAAGCUCAGAAUCUUCCUUGGGGAUGGCCCAUAGAAAACAAAGUGAAAAACUUGGGUAGCGUUUUUCUAUUUGGCUCAAUGAAGGAAUGGAUUUGGGCCUUUUACAUCGACAAUGAAAUUUAUUAAUGUAAGCGUCAUUAUCCUAGUGUGGCUGCAGUUAAAAAUCCGCAUCUUUAGACUCCAUAUUCAUCCUGCACGAUUUGUGCAGGUCAGAUUUAAUACUGUAUUUUGAUCUGCAUGUUAUCGACAGUCGGAUAAGCUCUUAUCACAGACACGUGAUUCCUCAUUAAAAUUCAAACCUCUUGGGGGUCAAAAGUGGUGAUUAUUGCAGUAGCACGUGAAAUAUCUGUACAACAGAGCCUGAGAUCGAUCUUUAAUUGGGAAGAAUCUUUGUGGAUAGUUUCUGGUUUUUAUUGUGAGUCUUUUUUCAACUUUUCUGAUCAUCAGAAAGUAAGAGCAUAAAAGAGGAUAAUCAUUCGAAUAGUCAUUCAAAUCUUAGUGGGGCACUGUAACAUGGGGAGAAUUUUCAUAUGGGUGGUAAUGGUGGGUAUAUUUCUUUGUUGUAGUUUUGAGGUUGGGCUCUGCAAUUCGGAUGUUCCUCCUCCUCUGCCUCUAGUGCCUCUGCCCACUGCCAAGCAGCUCAAAUGGCAGCAAAGAGAAAUGGUUAUGUUUCUUCAUUUCGGUAUGAAUACAUUCACCAACAGAGAAUGGGGAACAGGGAAAGAGAAUCCUCAGUGGUUCAAUCCCAAGGGGCUCGAUACAAAUCAGUGGGCUAAGGUGGCCAAAGAAGCAGGAUUUUCUCUGGUAAUUCUGACUACAAAGCAUCAUGAUGGGUUCUGCCUCUGGCCUUCUAAGUAUACAAAUCAUUCGGUGAAAAGCAGCCCAUGGAAAGAUGGAAAAGGAGAUGUUGUUAAGGAUUUAUCAGUAGCAGCACAAGGCCAAGGCGUGGAUUUUGGCGUGUAUUUGUCUCCUUGGGAUCGGUAUGAGCCUUUCUAUGGCAAAGAGCUCCAGUACAAUGAAUUUUAUCUGGGACAGCUGCAGGAGCUCCUUACCAAGUAUGGCCCCAUAUCCGAAGUAUGGUUUGAUGGAGCUAAAGGAGAUAACACAACAAUGACAUACUUGUUUUCCAAGUGGUUUGCUCUGGUUCGUGAAUUACAAAUAUCUGCAAACAUAUUCUCAGAUGCAGGACCAGACAUCAGAUGGGUGGGAGACGAAAAUGGCACUGCAGGGUCAACCUUUUGGUCUACCAUCAAUGGAUCUUCGUUGAAGAUUGGAGAAGCUUCCAUCGAAGGGUAUUUGAAUACUGGAGACCCAUAUGGAACAGAUUGGAUUCCUGGAGAAUGUGAUGUAUCAAUCAGGCCAGGGUGGUUUUGGCAUCCAGAAGAGAAACCCAAACGGCUAAGCAAAUUGCUGGACAUAUACUACAAUUCAGUAGGCAGGAACUGUGUGUUAUUACUCAACGUUCCACCAAAUACAACAGGCCUUAUCUCUGCAGAAGAUGUGGAACGACUAAUGGAGUUCACAAAUGCCAUAAACACCAUUUUUUCUGUAGAUCUGGCUGCUUCUACUUCUAUUACAGCAAACAGUGUGCGAGGGGAAGCCUUCGCCCCUGCCAAUGUAUUGGACACCGAUCUCUGGACUUACUGGGCACCCAAGGAUCACAAAAACAGAAGAACAACAAAUUGGAUAUGUUUGGAGAGCAAAGAAGCCAUGGAAUUCAAUGUUGUGAGGAUUCAGGAGGCCGUUGGACUUGGGCAAAGGGUGAUGAAAUAUGGGGUUUAUGCAUUUGGCGUCGAUGGGAAGAAAAGAAUGCUUGUGAGUAAUGGAACUACAAUCGGAUACAAGAAGCUUGAUAGACUGAAAAAGCCUGUGAAAGCUUACAAGGUUAUGCUUGUAAUUUGGAAAUGCAGAGGAGAAGUGCCUCUCAUUUCAUCAUUUGGGCUGCAUUUUGAUCCAUUUUACAGAGGGGAAUAACUAUUGAGCUUUCAGCUUUCGAAAUGUUGAUGAUAAAAAAUUGUUCACACAAUCAAAUUCAGAAACAAUAAAUAUAUCGUAUAAUAGAUU